AUGGUGGCGAAACAGUCGGGGCGCUUGUCGCCAUCCAAAGCCGUCAAGAUUGAGGAAAUAGAGGAAAUCGUGGAGACCGAGGAGGUCAUCCUCUCUCCCGAAGACCUGCACCACGAAGAGUACGAGAUCACGUCGGUGCCGAUCGAAACAACGACGACGGUGCAGACCGUCAAGCGGACCGACAUCCGUGACCUGGCCCGGGAGGCGCACUACACCAAACUGCUACAGCAGGAAAAUGAAGCUCAAGAGCUCAACUUCCAGCCGGCGUCGAGCGCCGAGGACACCGAGGGUUCGGACGGUGAACACUACAAAGUCGAGGGUGACCACAGCUUCAAAACCGAAUAUGAGGGUGACCUGGACAUGGACGGCAUCAGUCCGAACAACUCGUCCUCGAUCCGGAAGCGCCGCGGUAACCUGCCCAAACACUCGGUCAAGAUUCUCAAGCGCUGGCUGUACGAGCACCGGUACAACGCGUACCCGAGCGACGCCGAGAAGGUGACGCUGUCGCAGGAGGCCAACCUUACGGUGCUGCAGGUUUGCAACUGGUUCAUUAACGCGCGGCGGCGGAUCCUGCCGGAAAUGAUCCGACGGGAGGGCCACGACCCGCUGCACUACACGAUCUCGCGACGGGGCAAAAAGCUGAACAACCAACUGGCCAACAUGUCCGGCCCGAACCCGAUCACGAUGAGCCCGGCGUCGGAGGUCAUUGUCGGUGCCACUGAGGAGAUCAUCGAAGAGGAGGAGGUCAUCGAGGAGGGCGUACCUAACAUUAUUACUUCCAGCAUCGGGCAGCAGUACGUGCAGACGCCGGCCGGUCUGGUGAAGGUCGAGGAGGACGUGGACUUUGAGGACCACAUAAUCUACCGGUCGGACGAGAGCAACAUCGAGUACGAGUACCCGGAGGAGGAGGAAGAGCUGCAAACCGAACAAACCGAGUGGGACGGCAUCAUCCGGUACGCCAACGACAAGGACGACGAAAUUCCAGAAGAAAUAACGGAAGAGGAAGUGAUUGCGUCGGACAGCCCCGUCAACGAGUACUUCACCACCACCACGACGACACACAGCAGCCAUCUGCCGCAAGCGUCGUCCCAAACCCUGAGCACGGGCAACGCCUCCGAGCGUUCCGCACCGAACACGGCCACAAAAGUGCUCGCCAAAUCAGUUCCCGCUGGGCUGGCCAGGGUACAGGUGGUGUCCGCGGCCAGCACAAACGCAGCGUCGAGCAACAACAGCGCGUCCACGCCGAUCGUGGUCAAGGCGGCCACAGCCGCAGCGGGGACCACCAUCGUGACGACACCGAUCCAGCUGGGCAAGACGGGGACGACGGUGAGGAAGCUUAUUACUACGAGCACGCCGGCGACGACGACGGCGGCGGCGGCGACAGUGGAAACGUCGAAUGCGAAGUCGUUGACGUCGUCGGCGACGACGACGACGGCAGUGCUUUCGUCAUCGAAUAUAAACAAUAACAACAACAACAACACCAGCAGCAGCAAUAACAACUCCCAGCACACGACGACCGCCGUCAAGGUUAAAGGCGUCAUCCGCGACGACAAGGAUCAGUUCAAAUGCCUCUACCUGUUGGUGGAAACGGCCGUGGCGGUGCGCCCGGAAAAAGAACAGGACGACGUGCACGUGCUCGGUAAUUAAGAAUGACAGAUACAAAACACCCCCACGAAAUCCUUUUCUUCUGAGGACGACGACAGCGACAAAUCCAAACGGACAGCGACAGCCCAGAACACGACACAACCGUAAACAAAAACCUUGUAAUAAGCAGAGUUUAGAGC